UAAGAAAGGGGAAAUUUAUAAUAUUUUUCAAAUACAAUCAAACUUUUUUUUCCACUAGGGAACGUUCGAAACGUUUUAGUUGUUUUAAACGUUUUGCGACCGUUAAGGGAAUAUCCAAUUUCUGCAAACAGAACGUUAAUUUUGAAUGUUCUCUGACCGUUCUGAAACAAGUAGGCCUAACAUUUAAAAACCGUUAGAUGGAACGUCCAUCUAAUAUUAUUAUAAGGCCAGAUAAAAUUAAAAAAAAAACGUUCUAAUAACGGUCGGAACUUUGUCAGGAGAACGUUAGCCAGAGUUCCCGGGGAUUUGCAUGUGAGGUUUUCAUCAGAUCUUUCCUUCAGAAUGAGGGAAGUUAGUGCAACUCAACACGACUGUCCGUUAGAACGUUCUGUGCUAUUGCGACUUUCGUUGCGUCAGUAGUGUGUGUGUGUGUGUGUGUGUGUGUGUGUGCAGCAUAAAAACCUCAGUCUUUCGUGAACAUCAGUGUUAUUUGAGCUGGCACGAUGGUUGUGGACGAGUUCAUCCAUGCACAGGAACACCAGCCGCGCAGGAACGGAUCACACACACUGAAGCUGGAGGAUGAGGAUGAUGAAGGCAAACGUGUCGUUAAAGUCCACAGUAAAUGGAACAACAUCCAUCUGUCUCUGGUGUGUGUGUUGUUGGGUGUUUCUCUCAUAGUUCUGCUGGACUGCUGUCGCUCCUCCUCUGACUGGGUUUUGCUGGGUUCUGGCGGGUCCAUCUGGGACUGGACAUCUGUGUGUGUGGUUCUGCUGUUCACCGUCCUGCAGGGGGCGCUCUAUCAUCUACCUGUGGGACAGGUGACCGAAGGCAAGAUGGGCUGCAAUGGAAAGCGUUUAAAAUACAAACUCAACGGUCUGUAUGCGUUCCUGCUGAGCGCGGCUCUGUUAUGGGCGCUGUGGUUCUGUGGGGUCCUGCGGGCCGGCGCCGUGACGGACCGGAUCUUCUCUCUGGUCAGCGCUGGCAUGGCUGUCUCUCUUCUGCUCAGCCUGGCGCUGUACCUGCGUCCCAUCAACACACACGCCUCCGCACUGGUGCACUACGACGACACAGCGGAUCCCCUGUUGAAGUUUAUUCUGGGUCAGAAUAUGGACCCUCGUCUGGGCAUCAUCGACGUCAAACACUUCGUCAUGGUCAGGGUUGGAUUCAUCGGCUGGGCCAUGAUGGAUCUGAAUUAUCUCCUGACCGCUGUGGAGACGAAGACCUCGCUGUCUCUCUCUCUGCUGCUGGUGGUCAUCUUUCAUCUCAUUUACAUACUGGACUUCCUCAUCGAUGAGGGGUCUGUGCUGACGACCAAAGAGUUCACAGAAGAGCCGAUCGGGUUCAUCAUGAUUCUGGGCGAGUACAUCUGGAUCCCGUUCUUCUCCAGUCUUCCUGUUUACUUCCUGCUUCAGAGGCCCAAUCAGAUCCACUUCCUGUUUGCCGUCUUCAUCUGCUUGCUCUUCGGUAUUGGCUUCCUGGUUUAUUACCUGUCCAAUGAGCAGAAAGACGGUUUCCGCAGAAACCCAAACGACCCGGCCUACGCUAGUCUGCACACAAUCCGAAGCCCAUCAGGAAGACGUCUCCUGGUUUCUGGAUGGUUCGGAUGGGUCCGACACCCUAAUUAUCUAGGAGACAUCCUGAUGAUGUUUGCCUGGUGUCUCCCCUGCGGGUUCUCCAGCAUUGUGCCGUACUUGCCGGCGCUGCAGUGCUUCCACUUACUGAGGCAACGAGCAAACGAGAUCGAGGGUUCGUGCCUGAAGAAGCACGGCGACGCCUGGAGAGAGUACUGUCGCCGAGUGCCGCACAAACUGGUGCCUUAUGUGUACUAAACAUCUGAUACCUCUAAUACCGUACAGAAACGUUUAUCAAAGCAUGGCUCUUUUGUUGAGUUGUUAUUCUUAGCUUUGUUUAGGAUGUAAAUCCAGACCGUUAUGUGAUGUUUGAUUUUCAAAAAAAGUUGAAAUAUUAGUGUGGAUUCGCUGUAUAAACAACUUUAAGGUGCAAUAACAAAUAAAAACCAAUUGAUAAAUCAUUAUUUGUAUUAAAGCCCUCAUGUGGUGUAAAUCCA